GUUUUACUUACGGAGGAGUGGGCUGCGUUGCAGCUACAUAAAAAUAACAUUGCGUAUUUUAUAUUCGCAAUUGUUAUGUUAUAUCAAAUAAAGUAAUAAAACAAGUAGAUUAGAUCUUGUGUUUGCUGUUUCGAUUGAAAAUAUAUGCAGAUCACAAGAUGGCUACAUACAUAAAACUUUUUGUACUGGCAACAUUAGUUCCUCAUUUGAACACAGAGUACAUUCCCCCCGGCCCAGCGUAUCCGUGUCCGAAAGUGUCAGACAAUCCGCUACUGUUCCCAUGUGUGUGCGAAAAAGGGACAGACGAGGGGUUGUUUGUAAGAUGCGAGAACACAGGAUUGGCUGUAAUGAGCGUUGGAUUAGGGAACAUAGCUGGUAUGGGGUUGCCAAUUGAGAAGUUGAUCAUUAAAGAAUGUAAAAUAUCACAUUUGUUCGGCCCACUCCUACACAGAUCUACAGUAAGGACUCUACACAUCAUAGACACGCCCAUAAAGUCUAUAGACGAAUACGCGUUCGCUGGCGUGAACAGGACGCUACAGGAGAUAUACAUGUACAACACUAAAAUCGACGAGUUCCCUAAAAAGGCUUUUAAGAUUCUAGGCAAUUUGACGAUCCUGUCAAUAAAUGGGCACCAUAUGACGUCACUGAGCAAGGAUAUAUUCGCCGGUAGUCUCGCUACCGGUCGGUUAGAGAGGCUGCACUUGGUUAACGGCUUGAUAUCUGACAUACCUGUGGAGGCCUUUCAACAUCUGAAGAAAUUGAAAACGUUAGAUCUCCACGGCAAUAGACUGGCGACGCUCAAACGGAAUCAGUUCAAAGGAUUGAGGGACACAGAAGUUCUCGAUUUGAGUUACAAUAACAUAACGAAAUUAGAUGGAAGUCAUAUAGGCGAUCUAACUAAGCUUGGAUGGUGUAAUGCGAGUCACAACCUGCUGCCAGACAUACCCAGAGGUAUGUUUGCAAGGAACACAGUAAUUAAAGUGGUACAUUUGGAUAAUAAUAAAAUAAAGAAGUUGGAUAUGAAUAGUUUCAGAGGAAUGAGGUUCCUGAGGCGUCUUUAUCUGCAAGACAACCAAAUAUCCGAAGUGGGUACAGGCACAUUCUCCGCUGUGACCCGCAUAGGCACAGUGGAUCUAGCCCGGAAUAAGAUCAAAAAAGUUGACUACCAGAUGUUCCAAGCUGUCAAAUAUGCUGAGUUAAUAAAUCUAGCUGAAAAUGAAAUAACAUUCAUAGACAAGCAAGCGUUCACCGACCUCUACUUAGCCGUGGUCAACAUUUCUCACAACGAACUAUCGAGGAUAGAAUCUGGUGCGUUUCAAAAUUGCAACAACAUGACACUAUUGGAUUUGAGUCAUAAUAAAUUGAAGGAAAUCAACAGACUCGCCUUCGAUGAAAACACUUACGCAUCUGAGCUGCAAGUAUCUUAUAAUGAAUUCACUGAUUUGGCGCAGAUACCAAUUCAUAACAUGACAGGCAUAAGAGUAUUUAAUGCAUCACACAACAAUAUUAUAACCAUACCAAAAUCAGCUUUCCCCAAACUGUACGAACUUCAUACUGUCGACGUUUCACAUAAUAAUGUCUCAGACAUAUUUAAUGCUGUAUUUCAAAAUCUAUUUUCUCUAAGGUUUGUCAACCUCAGCCACAAUUCCCUAGAACGCAUAAAACCUGCGACAUUUGGUACCAUACCAACGGUACUAGAGCUGGAUUUGUCGCACAACAAGUUGGUCGACGUGUCGAGGGGAAGUCUCUCAAAGUUGGCCAGUUGUAGGUUACUGGAUGUAAGCUUUAAUGAGUUGGAUAGAAUUUUCCAAAUUCCCAUCAGUUUGGGAGAGCUCAACUUUGCAAACAACAAUUUGAGUGAAAUCAAAAUAAGUACGUGGCCUGUUAUGAACGCGUUGCUUCGACUCAACCUGUCGAACAACAUGUUAGAAGACCGGUUGACCAGUGACGCGUUCUCUGGUCUACUCACGUUGCAGUCGCUGGACUUGUCGAGCAACGGGUUGACCAGACCGCCGUGGGAAGCUCUGAAUACUUUGACUAGUUUACAAUAUAUUUAUCUUCAGCACAACAAACUAACAUCCCUGUCAAAAUCCGCAUUUGGAAAUCUACCUACUACAUUCAAGCUAGAUUUAUCGUACAACCAGUUGAGCGACUUGGGCAAACAGACAUUCAACGGCAUGCAACAGUUGCUCGAUUUGUCUCUACGCGGAAAUAAGUUGGAACACAUACAGAAUGAGGUGUUUAAAGGAUUGGUUGCUUUGAGGAGGUUGGAUUUGUCCUACAACAGUUUGGAUAAAAUCGAUAACAAAACCAACGGACUGUUAGAUGAUUGUUUGUCAUUGGAAAUGGUGAACCUAAGUCACAAUCGUUUUGGUUUCCUAUCAAGGAAGAUGUUCCCUGAGAGCCCUUGGAUACCGUACAGACUGAUGGAAGUCGACCUGAGCUACAAUGAAAUACCCGUGGUCACGUUUGACAUCACUUUUGGCGGGAAAAAGUUGAAAAAAUUGGACCUAUCCAAUAAUUAUAUCAACGAUAUCAGAAAUAAUGUGUUGGGAAAUUUGACGUCAUUGGAAAUUUUGGAUCUAUCGAACAAUCAACUUAAAGACUUGGUAUCCAGAACAUCUGACACAACAUUCAACCUACCGGAAAACUUAACAGAGAUGUACCUCCAGAAUAACACGUUAGAAAAGUUACCCAUAGACACUAUAGUCAAAUCUAAUCGCUUAAAAGUUCUAGAUGUUAGGAACAACUUGUUAACUAGUUUCUAUCCUGAGUUAGUUAAGAAGAUACGUGAUAAUAAUUUGCUGGUGUAUUUCGAAAACAACAAACUAAAAUGCGACUGUUUCACGCGCCCGCUAAAGCACUAUUUACAAAAAAUGCCAAAAUCCAUUUUGAAAAAGGACACAAUAUACAAAAACCUUGUUUGUUUCGAACCACCCUCGUUGGAAGAUGAAAACUUCGUCCAAUUGAACGAAGACAGGUUACUUUGUGCCAGCAACGUUCAACUGACAGACAAAAUAAGAGACUAUGGCAACUCUGAAUACGACUUCGCUUCAGAACCUGAUGUCUUGUUUAGGGAUAUACAAUAUGCACAAACCUCUAUAUACGCCAACUGGUACGUAUCCACAACAGACGACGUCGCCGACUUUUAUAUAUACGUGAGAGAUGGCUCCAACAACUUGCUCUACAGUCAAGACUUAGCUUACAACCUACGUUCGCUAACGAUAAACAUCGACAAAGAUUUCCGAACUGCACUCCAAAAUGGCGGAAAAAAUGCCGGCCAAGAUGGCGUCCAAAACGGCGGGAACAUCGAAAUAUGCAUACAAGCGAAGAGUUCCAACAAUUUCGCGCGCAAAUGGUUUGACAGUCAAUGUCAAAUCGUCCCGUCCAAUUACGAGUCGUGGCCUAAAAAGUUGACAGUUGACAAACGGAGGCUGUCAAAAAAGAAGGUCAGGUACAGUUGGUUCUCUAGGAACAGCGUUUUGGGUUUGGUCAGUGAUUCCAUUUUGAUUACGUUGUGCAUAUUUUUGGGUGUUUGUUUUAGGAGGUUGGCAGAUUUGGACGUUUGAUUGGAUAUUCGUAAUAAUUAUUGGUCCAAAAACUUACAUUUUGAAAAAUAUCAGGCCAUUUUUCGGUCUUAAUAACCUCCCGGUUUUAAAAGGGGUCUUAUAUUUACAACCCAUAAAUGGCGAAUCUGUGAAAUUGUAGGUUAAGCUAUUCUUUUGGAUAAUUUAUUAAAAGUACCUGAAUUUUAUUCCUAUUUCGGUUGUAAUUUGUACCUUUACUAUAUUUAUACCAAGUUCAUUACCCAUAUUGGGUUUAAAAUUAGCUUUCUAUGGGUUAAAUCGAUGUAAAUGAAUUUAAUUCGGUCCAACAAGUUUCUAGCAUUACUUCUCAGUUCAAAAAUAGUCUUAUAAAUACCUAGUGGAAAAGUACCUACUACCAAGCGAUUUAGUUUACAUCUAUACAAUAAACCCACCAGGGGAAUGGAACGAAAAAGUCGUUUAGUAAUCCUUUUCAAGUUAUUUGCUACCAGCUCUUAGCAUAAUUAAAAUUAAAACCAAAAGAACACAUAAAGUAAGUGAAAAUGUUACAAAAUACUCUUGUCAAUUACCAAAUGUACUUACUGCCAUAUUUUUCGAUGUCACAAAUAUGUAAUAAUAUUAUGCCUACUGUGUACUUGUUAUGUGUUAUUCUUUUAUGUAAUGGUGCUCCCACACGUCAUUUAAUUAAUUAAUUUAUAUAACAAACUAUUAUAUAUUUAUUAUUAUUUUUUUUUUAUUUUGUCAAAAACAGUCAUUACAAAAAUAUAUUAUACUAAUUAAGAAAGAAAAUAUAAUCAUAAUAAAUUGCCGAAAAAGAACUAUAAAUAUAUAGUAGUAUAAAAGUAAGUAGUCCUGUUAGACUGGUUAUUAUUAAUCUUUGUUUUAAGAACAAAAACCGAUAAACGUUACUUCGUAAUGGAUAAAAAACAGCGUUCCCAGAUUGCAGAUAGACUGAUUAAUUUGUUGAAUCAAUAAGAUAAUUAAAUUGAGGUAAUAGUUUGCGUUCAUUAGUGAAAAAAAAUCAUAACCAAUUUCCACCACCACUACAUAGUAUAAAAAUAUUUUUUGGUGAAUUUAUUGCUUAUUUUUUGGAUUUUCUUUUUAUAUUGGUUUUUGAAAGUCAGAUGAUAUAGCGAAACAUGAUGACAAUGAUGACGUAGUGAUAUCUAAACUGCAGCUGUGUGAGAGCACCAUUAUAAUAAUACUUUAUAUUGUAAUAAGAUUUUUAUUUAAUAUGUUUUUUUAAUUAAAGUAUAUUUUUUCAAAAUAUGUAGAUAUGUACAAUAUAAUAUGUAUUUGGAACAAGUUUCAAUUCUAUAAGGACAUUACUGGGCUUUUCUUAGUAAUAUUUAAUUUAUCGGUUAACAAUAAUUAAAAAUUGCAAUAUAGCAUAUAUUGCAAUUUUACAUGUAAAUAGGUAGAUUUUUGUAAUGCUUUAUUAAAUCAGAAAUUGUAGGGAACAAAUCGAGACCCAUUUUCUAUAGGAACUAAAAUUACCUAUAUUGAAUUUUUUUUUUAAAUAUUGUGAUAGCUGGCAAUCGCAUAAUUUUGAUAGCUGGCAAUGGCAUAAUUUUGAUAGCUGGCAAUCGCAUAAUUUUGAUAGCUGGCAAGCGCAUAAUUUUGAUUUCUGGCAAUCGCAUAAUUUUGAUAGCUGGCAAUCGUAUAAUUUUGUUCAAACUGUAUAUAACACCAGCUAUAAAAUUUAAGUUUUGUAUAUUUUAAAUAACCAGUAUAGUUGUUAACUUAUGCAUGCCCAGAAUGAAUUCCUUGACGUAUGUUUUUACAUUUUAUAUAUUUUAUUACUUUAUUAAUAAAAAAAGAACUUAAAGACUUUAAGUCCGUCCUUUAUCAAAACUUUUUGUUUUUAUAGUUUUUAAUGAAUUAUGAUCAUUCCAUCACAAAUUUUGGCUUUAAUUUUUUACGAAUUUGUUUAUGAAUCUCUAAUUGUGAUUUUUUUUUGUGUAAUAUACAUUUUUUUUGUGUUGUGUUCACUAUUUUAUCUUUUGUUAAAAAUAUUUUUUUAUGCAAUAGUUAAUAAGAAAAAUAAUAAACAUACUUUUAUAUAAAUAUUUAUUUGAAUAAAUAAAGUUAACUACUUAUUUACAUUAAUAAA